AUGUCGUGGACGCACAGAGACAGUCCUCACGAUGCGUUUGCCCAAGAAGCAACGCAGACACCCAUCACCGUUGCUCUCCCUCAGUGGAUGCUCAACAUCUGGGAGGUUUCCCACGAUCAUCCCGAGGGCCGUUGGUACCUGGAGCCAAAUGCGCAGUGUCUCCGCCAAAAGGCGAGCUUGAGGAUUGUGUUUGCUCCUCUAGAUCUCCCCCGUCGAGAUGCCCUCGCGCAGACCCUCGAGCUCUUCGACAUCCUCCACAUCCCAGGCGACUUUACCAAAGAACGGCUCCAGUCCGUGAGCCACAGCUUCGGCAGAAGUACCGAUCGUAAUGGCUCCAGCUCGUGGUUCCACUUCCUAUGCAAGAACAUCGACAUCAAGCAGGAUGGCUCGAAUCCGCCCGAGGUGGACAACCGCGCCGCAACUAUGGGAUACCACAUCUCGACGCUCCCGCAGGCUGAUUAUAGCUGGCACCGUGCGGGCUUCUUCCUUCGCGUAGAGAACGACGGGAGCACUACUCUGGUGUGCUUCGGUGCCAUGCCUAGAAUCAGGCAGAGGAUCAAUGAGUUUGUCGCGGCCAAGGCGUGGCAGCACGUCGUGACGGAUCCGUACAUUCUGUUUGAUCUGCUCUUUGAGGCGCUGUACUUUGAAGUCGACGAUACAGUCUGGAAGAUGAACACUGUCUUUGGGCCUCUAGAACAUUUGAUCCUCGAGUACGCCAACUCCAAAAACAUUCGCAAGAUGAGCUCCAAGAUCCCCUUUGCGGCCAUGCACAACUGCGCCAAGCACAUCAUCCACAUCGCCGAGGCCAUUGACUCAUGCAUCAUGCUCGUCGACGCUACUAUCCGUAAUGUUGGCAACCACGAGCACACGAGGCCGACGACCAACGAGCCUGUCCUGAAGCAGCUGCGCGAAACACUCCAGUACCGGCGCUCGCUCUUCGGCUCUAGCCAGCUGCGUCUGAACAGUCUCCAGAAACGCAUCGACAAUGCAAUCACGCUGUCGUUUAACCUGGUCACGCAGCAGGAUUCGAUGGUGAUGAUCCAAGACUCCAACUCGAUGAAGGUGAUUGCCGCCAUCACCAUGAUCUUCCUACCAACCACGGGCGUCGCCACAGUCAUUGGCUCCCAGCUGUUCGUGUCCGAAGCCCACGACGAUGGCAAGACAUGGAACGUGAUGCUGACGCCCUUGUUCUGGACAAUGUGGUGGAUCUCGAUUCCCCUGACCAUCUUUGUGGUUCUCCUGGCUAUUGUCUGGCACUGGUGGGUGCACACCGAGGCUCCUGUUGUAGAGGUACAGCAAGUCAUCAAGAGAGCUGCGACAUUCAGUUCUUCAAACACCAAGAAGUUGGAAAAGUGA